AUGUCAGCUGUGAUAAUUGAACUGGAUAAGCUUUCUUCAGAUGAGAUUGAGAGCAAAAAGGAUUCCAAGUCAGAUUUUAAAGAAGGCAAAUCCAGUGAUUUGUGUGCCGGUUAUCAUGCUUUUCAACUUCACUGCUCGCAUUCUGCACCAGCUGGUAUGAAUACAAGCAAGAGUGAGACAGUGAAAGAGCAUCCAUUAAAACCCUCUCGAAGAUCUAUGCCAUGCCUAGCCCAGAGCCAAACACAUCCUCAAAGUCUGAGCAAGCAUUCGUCUUUUCUGCAGCCAAAUCGUGUGCAGCCACAGCCCCGACCUCAGCCUCUCAGUGCAGGAACAUCUACAGCUACAGUGGAUGUGGUGUCGGAACGAGCUAAAGUGAUGGAGACUUUGGAAAACAACUUGCUUAAGCUGUCUAAUACAGAAUAUGAUGAUCCGUUUUUAGGCAUAGGAAAGGAAAAAGACACAUACACAGAUGAUUCAGAACAUGGAAAUUAUGAUGCUCGUACAGAUCAGUCAUUGCUUCUUCAAAACAAACUUACCAGGCAGAAAACAGAACCUCAGACCAAAUCGUCUUUAAAGGCUGAUGGCAUGGCAUCAUCAGGGCUCUUCUUCAAAGAUGGAAAAAAGCGCAUUGAUUACAUCUUGGUGUACAAGAAGUCAAGUCCACAGGUAGAAAAAAGAAGCACAUUUGAAAAGAAUUUGAGAGCAGAAGGGUUGAUGUUAGAACGAGAGCCAGCUGUUACAAACAGUGAUAUCAUGUUUGUUAAAAUUCACUGUCCAUGGGAGACAUUGUGCAAAUAUGCGGAAAGAAUGAACAUCAGGAUGCCUUUCAGGAAAAAAUGUUAUUACACUGACUGGAGGAGCAAAACGAUGGGCAGUUUGCAGAGGAACAUGAGAGAGCUGAAAAGUUGGUUGCCCAGAAAUCCAAUGAAGCUUGAUAAGGAGGCCCUACCUGAUCUGGAAGAAACAGAUUGCUACACAGCCCCCUUUAGCCGUGCACGCAUACACCAUUUUACGAUAAACAACAAAGACAGCUUCUUCAGCAAUUCCACAAGAAGUAGAAUCGUGCAUCACAUGCUACAGAGGACUAAGUAUGAAGAUGGAAAAUCCAAAAUGGGUAUUAAUAGGUUACUAAAUAAUGGAACAUAUGAAGCAGCAUUUCCACCCCAUGAGGGAAGCCACAAAAGCAGACAUCCCAUCAAAACACACGGAGCUCAGAAUCACAGACACCUCUUAUAUGAGCGUUGGGCACGGUGGGGAAUGUGGUACAAAUACCAACCUCUUGAUUUAAUCAGGCGAUAUUUUGGUGAAAAAAUUGGACUGUAUUUUGCCUGGCUGGGAUGGUAUACUGGAAUGCUUAUUCCUGCUGCCCUGGUUGGGCUCUUUGUUUUCCUCUAUGGACUAUUUACAAUGGAUUCCAGCCAAGUAAGCAAAGAGAUCUGCGAGGCAAAUGAGACCAUCAUGUGCCCUAUGUGUGAACGCAAUUGCACACUACAAAAACUCAAUGAAAGCUGCAUAUAUGCCAAGGUUACACAUUUAUUUGAUAAUGGAGGAACUGUCUUCUUUGCUAUUUUCAUGGCAAUUUGGGCUACAGUCUUUCUAGAGUUUUGGAAGAGACGGAGAGCUGUAUUAACCUAUGACUGGGACCUCAUAGACUGGGAAGAUGAAGAGGAAGAGCUGCGCCCCCAGUUUGAAGCUAAAUAUUCCCAAGUGGAAAGAGUAAAUCCCAUCACAGGAAAACCUGAACCUUUUCAGCCUUUCCCUGAUAAGCUGAGUCGACUAAUGGUGUCUGUCUCAGGAAUAUUUUUCAUGAUUUCACUGGUCCUCACUGCAGUGUUUGCUGUUGUGGUGUAUCGUCUGGUAGCCAUGGAACAGUUUGCUUCUUUCAAGUGGUAUUUCAUCAAGAAGUAUUGGCAGUUUGCAACAUCUGGCACUGGAGUCUGUAUCAAUUUUAUGAUCAUCAUGUCACUCAAUGUUGUAUAUGAAAAGGUUGCCUAUCUCCUGACAGACUUAGAGCACCCUCGAACAGAAUCUGAAUGGGAAAACAGCUUUGCCUUGAAAAUGUUCCUCUUCCAGUUUGUCAACUUGAAUAGCUCCAUCUUCUACAUUGCCUUUUUCCUUGGCAGAUUUGCAGGCCGCCCAGGAAAGUACAACAAGCUUUUUAACAGAUGGAGAUUGGAAGAGUGUCAUCCUAGUGGCUGCCUGAUAGAUCUGUGCUUGCAAAUGGGAGUUAUUAUGGUUUUAAAACAAAUGUGGAACAACUUCAUGGAACUAGGCUAUCCUUUAUUACAGAAUUGGUGGUCACGACGCAAAAUGAAGAGAGGAGGGCAAUUAAUGGAGCAUAAAGUUUCUCUGCCUCAGUGGGAAAAGGACUGGAAUCUACAGCCUAUGAAUCUUCAUGGUUUAAUGGAUGAAUAUUUAGAGAUGGUUUUACAGUUUGGCUUCACCACCAUCUUCGUUGCUGCCUUCCCACUGGCACCCCUCCUGGCAUUGCUUAACAAUAUCAUAGAAAUAAGGUUAGAUGCGUACAAGUUUGUCACUCAGUGGCGAAGACCUAUGCCUGCAAGAGCAACAGAUAUAGGUAUCUGGUAUGGGAUUCUGGAAGGAAUUGGAGUCCUGGCUGUCAUCACCAAUGCCUUUGUUAUUGCCAUUACUUCCGAUUACAUUCCACGUUUUGUCUAUGCAUACAAAUAUGGUCCCUGUACAGAUCAAGGGUACAGACAAGAAAAAUGCUUGAAAGGAUAUGUCAACAGCAGUUUAUCAGUGUUUGAUUUGAGUGAACUUGGAAUGGGAUAUUCAGGAUACUGCCGGUAUAGAGAUUACAGAGCCCCACCAUGGAGUUCAACUCCAUAUGAAUUCACUUUACAGUUCUGGCAUGUCCUGGCAGCACGUCUGGCCUUCAUCAUAGUAUUUGAGCACCUUGUUUUUGGAAUAAAGUCUUUCAUUGCCUACCUGAUUCCAGACAUGCCUAAAGACUUGUGUGACAGAAUGAGGAGAGAGAAAUACUUAGUCCAGGAAAUGAUGUAUGAGGCUGAACUGGAGCAUUUGCAGAGAGAAAGGAAAAAGAAUGGGAAACAGUAUCACCAUGAAUGGCCUUAG